CCUGUCUCGGCCGCCAUCGGAGAGCAGCAGCCAUGGCCCUGCGCUACCCCAUGGCCGUCGGCCUCAAAAAGGGCCACAAGGUGACGAAGAACGUCAGCAAGCCGAGGCACAGCCGGCGCCGCGGGCGCCUCACCAAGCACACCAAGUUCGUGCGAGACAUGAUCAGGGAGGUGUGCGGCUUCGCCCGGUACGAGCGGCGCGCCAUGGAGCUGCUCAAGGUGUCUAAGGACAAGCGCGCGCUCAAGUUCAUCAAGAAGAGGGUGGGCACGCACAUCCGCGCCAAGAGGAAGCGGGAGGAGCUGAGCAACGUGCUGGCAGCUAUGAGGAAGGCGGCGGCCAAGAAGGACUGAUGCCCCCUCCCCCAAUAAAC